AUGGAAAGAGAAGUGAUAGAUAUAAAAAAGAGUAAAUAUCUUAGAGACAUCAGGGAUUAUAAAUUGAAACAAGUUAGAACAUUCUCUAAAUAUAACCAUCAAGAAAAACAUUCAGAAAUUAGAGAAGGAUUACAAGAACCCACAAUCCAUAAAAAAGUUUUUGAUAAAGAGACCCCAAGGAGAAAUGACCAUUGGAGACAUGGAGAAAACAGGCCACCAAGGGAAAACUAUCAUUGGAGACAUGGGGAAAAUAGGAUAUACUACCACAAACCCAGAAAUCACUAUGAACAACGUUCAUACAGUAAUUGGCAGAAUGUUAAACCUAGAACUAAAUAUUCACAAUACAAAGAUAGAUAUCAGGAGGAGAAAACAUAUUAUGACAAAGAAAGAUAUGAGAGAAGACCUAGAUAUGAAAAGGAUAGACCACAACCAGAUUAUAAAAAUGAAGUUAAAGGAAAUAUACCAUAUUAUCGAUCUACCCAGCACAGGAAAGAUGAACCAAUAGCUACCAAAAAUCGAUUUCAGGUCCUAGAUGAAUUUGAAAAUCAGGAUUUUUGGAGGAGCAGGGGCAAAGACAGACACAAAAGAGAGGAUUUACCAAAUACUAUAACACCUUACAAAAGAAGAAGAAAUUCGAGCAUAGAGGUACUAGAGGAGGAAAACAUGUCAAAAAAAGAAAAACUGGAGAUACUACAGAGAAUAUAA